GCGCAGGCGCGGAGGCGGCUGAGGGGGGGAAGGCGUCGGCCAUGGCGGCCACCUUCUUCGGCGAGGUGGUGGAGGUGCCGUCCCGCGCCGGGCUGGAGGAGGAGGAGGAGGAGGAGGGAGAAGAAGAACCGGCCACCAACUCCUCCUGGCAGGAGGAGGCCGCCGAGGACGUGGAGAUCCGCCGCGGCCUCCACACGAAGAGAGAGGUCGAGGUCUUUUGGGAUCUAAAGCCAGCCACUGUUUCAGAAGGCCCCGAUUUAAAACAGUUUCCAUGCUCUCAAUUUAUACUGGCUGUAGGACAGAGUCCUGUAGCGUUCCUGUCCUCAUUUGUUUUGAAUUCGGAAACCUGGAAGGUAGCUGGUUCAGUUAAGCUGUGGAAUGAAUGGUGUAAGACAACAAAUUCAACUAACCCUUCCCCCACCGACUCCUUUUGCAAAUUAUACUGCCUAAAGUCAGAUCCCACAGUUUUCCUCUGCCAGUGCAAUUGCUAUGUUGCUGAGGAUCAACAGUACCAGUGGCUCGAGAAGGUUUUAGGUUCUCUGCAGAAGAAGGAUUUGCAAGUAACUAUCCUCACAACUCGCCAUGUAACUGACUACAAAACUCCAGAAUCCACUCUCAACCUUCCUUCUCCUUUCCUGAAAGCCCUAAAGACAAAAACAUUCAACGGACCUGUCUGUUGCCCAUUGUUAGAGCAGCCAAACAUUGUACAUGGUCUCCCUGCCGCAGUCCUGAGUUACUGUCAAGUAUGGCAGAUUCCUGCAGUUCUGUACCAGUGUUAUAGUGACGUUAUGAAGUUAGAUCCUGUCACAGUUGAAGCUUUCAAGCCCGUGCUGUCUUCCAGAAGCUUGAAAAGCUUAGCCGAGAAUAUCUCUAAAAGCACAGAAAUGCUGAAGAAAUUGAUGACCACCAACGAAAUUCAGAAUAACAUCUAUACAUGAUCCAGGUAUACAGUGUUUACGGGCGAUGUCUGCCAAGCACCCACCCACUCAAGCGGGACAGUUUGCACUUUUGAAAAAUGGAUUUUUGUUGAAAAUAGUUGUAACUACUCUACUUGGUGAGAGAAAGCAGAAUAAAUGCUAAGUGAUUUUUUUUAAA